AUGCGUUCAGAGAUAGCUGUGGAUGCCAUCCAUGUUUCUGGAAGUCCGAUUCCAAAUUUGUCUGGCCAGGCCUUGUAGCCAUUCAAGCUGUGGAGUGAAAGCAAAGGCACAGCAUCCUUCAAUACGACCUUUGUGCUCAGAAUCACUUCGAGGACAGAUCCAGGUGGUGAAGGCUUGGCCUUUAUCUUAACUGGACGUGCCACUCGUCCAGAGAACAGUGAAGGGAAAUGGCUUGGGAUUGUGAAUGCAAGCACAAAUGGAUCAGCUCAAAACCAGAUAGUGGCAGUAGAAUUUGACACACGGAAAAGCUACAUGGAGGACCUGAACAACAACCACAUUGGCGUGAACGUGAACAGCGUCUACUCAAUCAAACAAGCGAACCUAAGCAUCAAUCUUUCAAGUGGCACCGAUAUAACAGUGAAGGUUCAAUAUGAUGGGAAAAAUUUGAGUGCCUUUGUUGGAACGCAGAUGAAGGCUCCAGCAAUCGCUCUUCCUAUUAACCUCUCAGACCAUCUGCCACAGAAAGUUUUUGUGGGAUUCUCGGCUUCAACAGGGAAUUACACUCAACUGAACUGUGUAAGGUCAUGGGAAUUCAGUGGUUCGAGUGUAGAUGAAGAUCCUGACCUGUUAUGGGUCUGGAUCAUGGUUCCAGUAACAGUUUUGGUUAGUGGGGUUGCCUUCUAUUUCUCUUGGAAAUGGAAAUGUGGAAAGCAGGAGGAAGAGGAGGAUGAUCCGAGGGUAGAACAACAGAUUCAAGGCUCAUCCACAGCUCCAAGGAAAUUUCGACUGAAAGAACUUAAAGCUGCUGCGGAAAAUUUCAACUCCAAGAAUGAGCUUGGCAAAGGUGGAUUUGGGACAGUCUACAAAGGAUUCUUGAAGAAUAAGGAGGUAGCUGUGAAAAGAUUUUCAAGGAAUUCACAUCAAAGCAACCAAGAUUUUAUAGCAGAAGUCACAACAAUCAGCAAUCUACAUCACAAAAAUCUUGUCAAAUUAGUUGGAUGGUGCUAUGAAAAAAGGGAACUCCUAAUAAUAUAUGAGUUCAUGCCAAAUACGAGCCUAGACAAGCUCAUAUUCUGCAAAAAAUCCGAUGUGGAGAAUCCAAUCACACUGAAUUGGGAAACAAGAUAUGGAAUCAUUUGCGGGGUGGCUCAGGCAUUGGACUAUCUUCACAAUGGAUGCGAGAAGAGGGUGCUUCACCGAGACAUAAAAGCGAGCAAUAUAAUGUUGGAUUCAGAUUUCAACGCCCGGUUGGGGGAUUUUGGAUUGGCUAGAACUAUUCAACUGAGUGAUCAAACUCACCACUCAACAAAAGAGAUUGCAGGGACACCUCGGUAUAUGGCUCCAGAAAGUUUUCAUACUGGUAGGGCUGCCGUUGAAACCGAUGUAUAUGCCUUCGGUGUUCUUGUACUGGAAGUUGUCUGUGGAAGAAAGCCUGGAGAUCAAAGCGUGAACAACAAAUACAACGGGAUAGUGGAUUGGGUAUGGGAAUACUAUAGGAGACAAAGGAUUCUGGAUGUCGUAGAUUUGCGACUGAACGGGGUUUCCCACAAGGAGCAGACUGAAUACGCACUGAUGUUGGCAUUGUCCUGUUGUCAUCCCAAUCCGUACCAGAGGCCGUCCAUGAGAAUUGCUUUAAGGGUUCUCACAGGAGAGGUAGACCCACCAGUUAUCCCCAUUGAAAAACCUCCUUUUGUGUGGCCAGCCACACCUCCGGUCUCUUUCAGGGAGGAUUUGGAGUAUCCUCCCACAGGAGGCCUGCUCUCUCCACCUUCAGAACUAAUUGGGAGAUAA